CUAGUGAAGUGGCACGACUUGAGACUUCGGAUACGAGGAGCACCGAUGAACGUCGAAAUUACAUGCUCGUUAUUUUUGAGUAUGUAAAGGAGCGGACCAUUUGUCCGAGACUCCAAUUGACUUGAUCUCAUAAGAAGUUGGCGUAUAUAUGGGUGUACGCAGUGUGAGUCCCAUUCUUUCUCAUUUUCUCUUCGUCAAAUGUCACUUUCAUCAGUUACAACUUACCCCAUCUUUACCUCAGACGAGACGCGUCUCACCCCUGGGGACGCAUCGACAUGUCAAACGUCGCCUAGGCCGCCCUGCAAGCUUGAUAUUGCGAAGGGCGAUGCGGCAGACAUCGUCGAACUUUCGCCCGUGACUCCAUUAGAAAAGCAGAAUUAUGAUUUAGAAAGUCCAUCGGUACUUUCAGCUACACGCAAAGCACAAAGAACACGAGAGAAGAUUCAGUUUUUGACACUCUGUUGGUUCGUCUAUCUGGAGGGUUGGAAUGAUGGAUCAAAUGGCCCUCUGUUGCCGAGGAUUCAGAAAGUUUAUGGGGUUGGAUAUGCUGUUGUGUCUCUGAUUUUCGUUUUCGCUUGCGUGGGAUUUAUCACGGGCGCCGUGUCUAAUGUGAUUCUUGCUGAGAAGCUAGGAUUCGGAAAAGUGAUGGUUCUAGGUUCCCUAUGUCAAGUCUUGGGAUACUGUAUCGACUCUUCGGGGCCCCCUUUUCCCGUGUUUGUAUUUGCGUACUUCAUUAACGGAAUUGGAAUAGCUCUGCAGAACGCAAAUUCAGUCGGCUAUGUUGCAUUGUUCAAAGAAAAUGCAGAAGCGAAGAUGGGCUUUUUCAUGGCAGCAUAUGGUGCCGGGGCACUCUCAUCGCCUCUGGUUGCCACUCAAUUUUCGCAUCUACGUCAUUGGAAUCUACAUUACUUGACAUCCCUUGGAAUUGCGAUCACCAAUACAAUCGCCUUGAUUAUAGUUUUCCGAUUGAAGCCCCAGGCAGAAUGUCUUUCUGAGAUAGGCAUCGUGCACGAAAAUAACAAUGCAAGCGAGCACAGUCAUCUCAGGCAGAUAUUCGGAAACAAAGAUGUCCAUCUUCUGGCAGCAUUCACUCUAAUCUAUGUUGGAGCCGAGGUUACUCUUGGCGGCUGGAUUGUCACCUACAUCAUUGGUGUCAGAGAUGGGGGGCCCUCAUCUGGUUAUAUUGCUAGUGGUUUUUUCGGCGGUCUCAUGAUUGGGCGGGUGGCUUUGCUAUGGGUUAAUAGAAAGGUCGGAGAACGCUUGGCCUUGUUCAUAUAUUCCGUGCUGGCUAUCAUUUUCGAGUUAAUUGUAUGGUUCGUGCCAUCUUUGGUAGGAGAUGCAAUCGCUGUCAGCGUGGUUGGCGUGUUGUUGGGACCGUUGUAUCCAAUUAUGGUGAACCAUGCAGGACGCGUCCUUCCUCGCUGGUUACUCACUGGUUGCCUUGGUUGGAUUGCAGGCGUAGGGCAGGCAGGCUCUGCAAUGAUCCCGUUUAUGGUGGGUGCUAUCGCGCAAAAAUCAGGAAUACAAUCCCUGCAGCCUGUAUUGAUCGGGAUACUGUGUCUUAUGAUUGUGCUGUGGGCGCUGUGUUCAAAUUCGCGUCGUCCCAAUUGAAGUGCACAUAGGGUGUAUGAUAAAGUUUAAUAGGAAGGCUGCCGUGUACUGAGUACUCG